UGUCAUUUGUUAACCGUCAAAAAGUGCUGUUUUUUCUGCAAUUUCACGGUUGCGUGCUUUGUUUCUUCUUUAAUUUUCAUUAUAGAAUCUAAUUUAAUUUUUCGCCAAACAGCUAGAUUUCAUUUGUAGCUAUUAUGAUUAACGAUAAUAUUUAUAGUUGUAGAUAAAUGUUACAAUAGUGUGAGUACAAUAAUUCGUAAGCAUUCCCGUCCACGCGGAUUUUUAUAAUGGAAAACCUUGAUCAGAGUAACAAUAAAAAUGUGUCGCUCAAUUUAAUAGCGGAAUAUGGUUCCGAGUCUGAUUCUGAGGACACCAGGUCCAAUGAGAACACUGGAAACGAUUCUGAUGCUGCCGAACUGAGUGAGAUGGUCAUGAAAAAUAAUAUAAUCAAUGCUUGUGCCCACGGCCCGUUGUCUGAAGGCGAUGAUGGUGAUGUGAGGACCACAAGACACAUGAUUAUUGACAGUAAUGAGAGCGGCGUAGUCGAAUACGACGUAACGGAAUAUCGGGACCUCGAUAGCGACUCCUCAAGUUCAGAUAGUUCUAGCGAUAGUGAUGUAGAGUCUGUUAAGGAAGAAAUGUCCAGUGGAGAUGAACUGGAUGGCACUAGUAAAUCAAGUAAAUUAGAGCCUCCCAAAGUACAUGGUGAGCUAAGCCUGGACGAGUUGCCACCAAUAGAGGACCUAGCAAUAAGCCUGCCACCACAGGAAACUGUUAAAAUUGGCGUUGUUGCCAGUAUAGUUGAUAGAUUAGUUAUAGUCAGAGCGUUCCCGCAAACCCCGGCUGUGGAUCUAGAUAGUGUGCUCUUUCUGGAGAGUGGUGCUAAAACACUUGGAAAAGUGUUUGAUGUUUUUGGCCCAGUGACAGAGCCCCACUACUGCGUGCGCUUCAACUCUGCGGAGCACGUGCGCGAGCGCGGCGUGGCGUGCGGCGCCGACGUGUUCAUCGCGCCGCGCACCGACCACACCAGCUACGUGUUCCUCGCAGGACUUAUGAAAAUGAAAGGCUCUGAUGCGUCAUGGUUGAACGACAUCGAGCCGCCGCCGAGCCACAUCGAGUAUUCAGACGACGAGGAGGAGAGAAAGGCAAACAAAGCGAAGAAGGAACAGCAGAAGCAGAACAGACAGGAGUCUGCAGAAAACGGAGAGAACUCCAAAAACCCGCCGCCUAGGAAAAUGAUAGAAGCCAAACGAAAUCAACGCCCGUUCGAGUCUAGCAGCAGAUUUGGGGGAGCGACGUCAUUCCGCGGUUCCUUUAGAAGAAACACUUACCACAACCGCUCGAGGCCUUGGGACGACAUGAAGGUGACCCCACCACCGAUACCGAGCGUCGACCCCGGAGGUCGCCCCUUCAUUGCGCCUGCGAUGUUCAACCCUCCAGUGUUCCCACCGUUCAACCCCACAACGCCUCCGCCAAAUAUGAAUCGAUUACCGUUUAGGAGCCCGAGACCACAAGCACCAAUGACCCCGCCGUCGUUUAGACAGAACUUCGGGUCGAACUUCUGUUACGUGGCCGGACCACCGCAGCAGUGGUUCAACCACCCCCCGCCUCCCCCGCCGGGGUCGUAGGUCGCACACGGAUAUUAAUUUAAGAUGUUAUUAAUUCUUGUUUAGUCAAUAGCUAGUGCUGUGUUAACAAUACUAGUUUGCUUAUCCAAAUAUCUAUAUAUUUAUAUAAAUUAAAGUUAUGGUACAGUG